UAUCACAGAAAACGGAAGCGACGAGAUUGAGAGUAAGCGACCACCACAACAACUUCCAGUCAACAUGAUGUUCAGUGCAGAAGACCUAGAUAACUCUCCUCACGAGGCAAACAUGAUGCCGGCGUUUGCUUCAGCUGAAAAUGGCACCGAAGAUAAGUACUAUAAGAAAUAUAACGCCAUCUUAAGGAGGUGCAGUUGUAUUCAGAAGGAAAAUGAAAUGCUGGUGAAUCGUGUGUAUCAGGUGAAGAGGAUUGUGCGCCGCCUGAGAAAGGAAAGAGAAUUUCUAAUGGAGGAGCUUGAUAAGCGAGGUGACAAUUACAGAACUUUGCCCUUAACAAUUGCCAUUGAAGAGGAUGACAAAUCCUUUGCUUUGCCACAGACAUCUAGCCUCCCAGCGCUGGGAAGACCAAGAAGUUCCAGCUCAACCUCAAGUGUCAAACGUCAGUCGCAGAUGAAGCGAGAGAAGAUGGAGCGUGAUCCAUCAGCACCAAAGCGUCCGAACAAUGCAUUUCUUCAGUUUUGUCAGGAGCAGCGAGACAGCACCACAGCUCAGCACCUUCAGCAAACAGGAAGACCCCUUGACAAAAAACAGUUAACUAAGUUACUUGCUGCACGCUGGAGUUCCCUGUCAGAAGAUGACAAAAAGUUAUAUGCUGGAAAGUACGAGCGAGAUAAGGAGCGUUAUGCAGGAGAGAGGAAAGUGUACGACAACAGGAAGGUUGAGUAGCUGUCACGUGGGGUUAAACAACCUAUUAUACAAUGUAAAGGAAUGGAUAAUAAACUGUACUUAUGUA